AUCUUUUUAUUUUGAGCAAUUCGCCAAUUUUGUUUUGAUUCAUAGGCAGAUAAUUUUCGUAUGUGAUUUUCAAAGUCAAACUCGGCAAGUCUUAUAAAACUUGCGUUCCAAAGUGGUAAUUCAUCUAAUUUAGAAGGAAUAUUCAAAGAGUGUAUAGUAAUAUUUGAAAAUGUAUUCGCAUUUUGAGUUAAUAUGCACAUUAAAGGCGAAUGGAGAUAUACCGGUCUAUAAAUAUAGAUCGAAAAAAACGGGUCUAACAGUUGUUUUAGCUGAUAUCGAAGGUCCUGUUGUUAAUGGGUACUUCUGUUUAGCUACGGAAACCCAUGAUGACGAUGGCUUACCUCACACGUUGGAGCAUCUUGUAUUUCUAGGAUCUGAGAAGUAUCCUUUUAAGGGUACUUUAGAUAUGUUAGCCAAUAGAUGCCUUGCCUCGGGAACAAAUGCUUGGACUGAUGUUGACCACACAUGUUACUUGAUUACUACAGCAGGGAGUGGAGGGUUUUUAUCUCUUUUGCCGAUAUAUUUGGAUCAUGUGUUAUACCCCACCUUAUCGGAUUCGGGUUUUGUGACUGAAGUUCACCACAUAGCUGGUGAUGGAACAGAUGGCGGAGUGGUAUAUUGUGAAAUGCAAGGUCGUGAAAGUACAGGAGAAAGCAGAGUACACAGAGAAUUAUGUCGGAAUAUGUAUCCAAGAAGUGGCUACUCCAGUGAGACUGGAGGCAUAAUGAAAAACUUACGAGAAAGUACCACAAAUACAAAGGUUCGUGCUUACCAUGCUGAAUACUACAGACCAGAAAACUUAUCAAUAAUAAUAUCUGGAAAAGUGAGUCAUCAAGCUGUAUUUGCAGCGCUUGCUCCUGUAGAAGAUAGAAUUAUGCGGGAUAAUAGAAAUAGACCAUUUGCACGCCCAUGGCAGUCUCCAGUAGAACCACUAAGGACUUCUAAGGAAAUUCUUGUCAAAUAUCCUUCAGAUGAAGAAGAUGCAGGAAUGGUUUAUAUUGGAUUUAUGGGACCAGAAUCAAAGAACAUUCUUCUUGUUAAUGCUUGUGCAAUUUUACUCAGGUAUUUGACAGACAAUUCCAUAAGUCCAGUUCAACGUGAUAUGAUUGAGUGUGAAGACCCUAUGGCGAGUAUUGCUGGGUAUGGUAUCACAGAGAACUCUCAAACGAUGCUGCAGAUAUAUUUUGAGAACGUACCCUCUUCUAAAAUUAAUGAGGUGUCUGGGAAAUUAAAAUCUAUCUUAACAAAAAUAGGAUCUGGAAAGGAGAAACUAGAUAUGGAACGUAUUAAAACUAUUCUUGACAAACACAAUCUUGAAACAUUAACUGCUUUAGAAAGUAGUCCUCACAAUACCAUUGCAUAUACGUUAAUUGCAGACUUCCUUUAUGGCAGUACAGUUGAUGAUUUGGAUCAUCGCUUGAACUCAUCACGUGAUAUAGAGGUUUUAUUAUCAAAAGGAGAAGAAUUUUGGUUAGAUUUAUUGAACAAAUACUUUGUUCAAAACCAUUCAAUAGUGGUCAAGGGACUGCCUAGUAUUCAAGAACAAAAUAUCAUGGCGGAGCAAGAGAAACUGAGGAUUGAAGAACAGAGGGCAAAGCUUGGAAAAGAUGGUUUAGAGAGCCUGGAGAAAGAAUUGAAUAAAGCUAUGGUAGCUAAUGAGGUUGCACCGUCAAAGGAAAUUUUAACUAGCGUGCCUGUACCCAGCACUUCCGACAUUACAUUUCACAAUGUAAAAACAUGGACAAAUGAUAAUAAUCAUGCAGAAUUUUCAAAUGAACUAUCAAUUGAUAUAAGCACUCUUCCUAUUCAUACCAGAGUCCAUGAUGUGCAAACAAAUUUUGUCUAUAUUUUUUUGACUAUGGAAAGUUCUUCACUGCCACAUUUCUUACGGCCCUACUUACCAUUGUUUUUGGACUUAUUGAUGGAAUCUCCUGUUUUAAGAAAUAAUGUCUUAAUUCCAUAUGAGGAAGUAGUUUCUGGUUUAGAAAAGGACACUGUUGCAACCGAUUAUAAAAUAGGACUGGAGCACUAUAGUAGAUUCAGCUGCGGACCAUUUUCUAAUGUUGUUACUAUAGCAAUGCAGGUAGAAACAAAGAAAUAUAGCACAGGUGCCCAGUGGAUGAUUGAGCUAUUGCACAAUACUAAAUUUGUUCCAGAUAGAAUACGGGUAUUAGCAAAUAAACUGAUUAAUGAUGUUGCAACAAGCAGAAAAAGCGGAGACAAAAUUUGUAAAGAAUUGAGGAAGAUUUUAACUUACAAUAAAUAUUCUAACGUUCAUGCGUGCAAUAUGUUACAUCAGUUGAAAUUUUUGAAUUCUGUUUUAACAAAAUUGAAUAAUCCAAAUACAUCAUCCAAUGUAUUGAAUGAUUUAGAAAUGGUAAGAAAGUAUUUGAUGCAGCCUUCGAAUAUGGCAUUGCAUAUUGUUGCUAAAUGGUCCAGCCUUAGAAAAGAAUGGGAUAAGGAACAUCGAGAAUGCUCUUUAAUGGGUGUGUGGUCAGACUUAGUGAAAGAUAAAUCUGAGCAUCCACUGAAAGGUCUUAAUGUUACUCCAGAUUGGAAACUGAUAGAAAAAACUGUUGGAGGUUACAUUGUUGGUUUGGGAUCGAUUGAAUCUUCUUACAUGAAUCAGACUGCACCCAGUAUAAAUGAUUUUAAGCAUCCUGAUAUGGUGCCACUUAUGGUGUACAUACAAUAUUUAACACAACUAGAGGGUCCUAUGUGGAAGCAAAUUCGUGGCAAGGGUUUAUCAUAUGGUUUUGGCAUUUAUCUUAGACCGAAUGAAGGCCUUCUAACUUUGUUCUUGUAUAAAGCUACUAAUCCAGUUAUGGCUUAUGAAGAAGCAAGGAAUAUUGUUAAAACAAAAUUACAAGAAGAUGAUUGGGAUAAUGAGUUAUUACAAUCUGCGAAAAGUUCUUUAGUCUUUGAAAUCAUUGAACGUGUAACAACAAUUGGCAGUAUGGUCAAUCAAAGCUUGUUAUUGGCAUUUAAAAAUGUUGAUAAUGAGUACAAUAGACGAUUAGUUGAUGCAAUUGAAAAGGUGACGAUUGCUGAUCUAAACCGUGUUGGUCCGAAAUGGCUUGCACCAUUAUUUGACCCUAAAGUUGCUUUAACAAGUUUAGUGUGUACUCCUGAUAGAGUUAGCGAAUUACAUGAAGGUUUUCAAAGACUUGGUCAUGAUUUAAAGAUGUGCAAUUCAUUGGAUGAAAGCCCUAUGUCGUGUAUCGUUUUCCCUGAACAGGCUUAG